AAAAAAACCCUCACGUUUCAACAACUUUCGAUGUGUUCUUACCUAGUGUUAGACUAUUGUCACUUUGUCUCUUUAAUACAACAUCUGACAGGCAUCUAAAAAAAACCAAAAGUGAAUAAUUUAUCUAGUUAACAGCCUAACGACCAGAAAGCGUUUUCGGCGUCCCUUUAGAGGAGGUGUGCCUCUAACAUUUAAAUCCGUCAACGGAAAUUUGUAUUCCGGGGAGGCCCACAGUUAUGACGUAACAUCAAAACGCUCAACUGACUGAUACAUUUAUUUGGCUAAUUGACCAUGUCGUCAUCUUUAUGCGACGACUCACAGCUCUCCAGGAAGCAACAUAAACAGGGCAGUUUGGCUGUGCAACGAUAAAGGGAAGACGAUGUCUGGAAGUUUUUAUUUUGUCAUGGUUGGUCAUCAUGACAAUCCUGUGUUUGAGAUGGAGUUCCUGCCAUCUGGGAAGCCUGAAUCAAAGGAUGACCAUCGUCACCUGAACCAGUUCAUCGCACACGCAGCCCUGGAUUUGGUGGAUGAAAACAUGUGGUUGUCCAACAAUAUGUACUUGAAAACUGUGGACAAGUUCAACGAGUGGUUUGUCUCUGCCUUUGUCACUGCAGGACAUAUAAGAUUCAUCAUGCUGCAUGAUGUGCGACAAGAAGAUGGAAUCAAAAACUUUUUUAAUGAUGUAUACGAUUUCUACAUUAAGUUUGCAAUGAAUCCAUUCUAUGAAAUCAAUGCACCAAUCCGCUCCACGGCUUUUGAGAGGAAAGUACAGUUUCUCGGAAAGAAACAUCUCCUGAGUUAAUCACUUCACAUACACAAGGAUUUUUAUGUGUUUUGUCUAUUUGUUGUAGAUAUGUUGUACCUAAUACACUUGUUUGAUGUAUGUUUGUCUUUUCCUGUUUUGACAAAAGCAAACUUUAUUCAACACAGAUGUGGAUUUUCUAUAAAACUUUCCUGUCUGAUUUACAUUUUAAUAUAACUUUGGUUUCCUGAUUUCUUGCAUUGGGUGUGGUGUUGGUAUGGCUACUGUAUGUUAAUUAUCAACAUUAUACUUUAAGGAAUAAACGCUUAAACUUAUCCCAAGAGUGCUUGACAAAUAAUGACAAAAACAUUUCAGUGAAUAGACACAAUCUAGUGCAGUUAGGUACUUGUGUUAUGUCUUAUCUACUGCCUUCAGCAUUAUAUUACUGCAGGGGUUAGAAAGCACAACAGAAUGGUAACAUUCAGUUAAAACCUUGGGAUAAUAAACUGACUUUUCUGACUUCACAGGCUACAAAACAUGCUUUUACAGACAAUUCUCAGGUGAUUUAUUUAUCGUUUAGCAUACCAGUAGUACAACUUUUAAUAUAUGAAAUCUGAAUGAGAAAUAGUUAAGGCAAAUGAAUGGUUCACCAUUUUAAAUAUUAAGCUGUGGGGAAAGAUGUUGAAUUGUAAGUAGAAAAAAUGUUAGAAGUGCUUUGAUGAUCAGAAUCAUUAUUUAAAACCAUAAACUCAAAUUAGUGGAAUAAAAAUGUACUCAAUCUUGA